AUGGAGCAUAAAUUUCCUAAUGUGGAAUUUUACUCUAGUCCAGUCACAGAGGGUAGACUGUUAAUAAUUUGGCGGAAGGGGAUAGCGAGAUUGACUAUUUUGGAGGAGUCUCCUCAGCUGGUUCAUUGCCAGGUUAACUUGGUAGGCCACAGGAGUUUAUUCCAUGUCACUUUUGUCUAUGGUUACAAUUCAACAGAGACUAGAAGAAGCUUAUGGCAUGAUUUAACUCGCAUAUCGCUUUCAGUCAAAGCUUGGAUAGUCUUAGGGGAUUUUAAUGCCCCUUUUUCUUGUGGGGAUAGGUCUGGUGGUAAACCUAUUUCUAGUAUUGAGUUGGCUGAUUCUCUAGGGUGGCUGACUAAUGCUAAAAUUGAGGCUCUUAAGAGUAUGGGUUCUUAUUUUACUUGGACAAACAACCAAGAUGGCUCAGCUGGGAUCUACUCAAAGAUAGAUCAUGUGUUAAUGAAUGAGGAGUGGUUGGACAUGUUUCCUCGGUCUUUGGCUAUUUUUCGAUGGGAGGUGGUCUCCGAUCAUUGUUCUUGUGUAGUGUCUAACAUCCCCAUGGAGGCUAUGGGAAUCAAACUGUUUAGAUAUUAUAAUUUCUGGUCUGGCCAUUCUGAGUUUAACCAGGUAGUCUUGAGCAGCUGGAGGGCCCCUGUUAAAGUUUCUGGUUUGAGAGCAAUAUAUAUUAGGCUUUUAAGAAUGAAGCAUAGGCUUAAGAAGUUUAACAGGGACUGUAUUGGAGAUGUAGGGUUCGGUUAUCAGUCAGCUAUGGUGGCCUACCAAGAUGCUCAAUUUCAAGCCCAAGAGAAUCCUCAAGAUCUCAAGUUGUAA